AUGAUGGGUCUCUUCAGCCAGGCGGGCGCGACGCUACGGGGGACGGCGAAGCCGCGGGCCGACGAGGACAAGGCGCCAGAGGACACGGAGCCAGAUGACACAUCGAUACUCGAUGAGGACGAGGGGUCCAUCAUCCUUUCCCUCAUCUCCCAGCUCAGGGUGGGCAUGGACCUCUCCCGGGUAACAUUCCCGACUUUCGUGCUGGAGCCGCGCAGUAUGCUGGAACGCAUUACCGACUUCAUGUCCCACCCCGAGCUUGUCUUUGGAGCUGAAACAUGCCCCGAUCCGGAGGAGCGAUUCAUUCGCGUUUUGCAGUAUUAUCUUGCGGGGUGGCAUCUGAAGCCAAAGGGCGUCAAGAAGCCAUACAACCCCAUCCUCGGCGAGUUUUUCCGCUGCCGCUACGACUAUCCCGACGGAUCCCAGGGGUUCUACGUUGCUGAGCAAGUCUCGCACCACCCGCCCAUCUCCGCAUUCUUCUACCUCUCCCCCGCCAACCGCGUCCACAUCGUCGGCGAGCUCCGCCCAAAGAGCAAGUUCCUCGGGAACAGCGUGUCCACCACGAUGGAGGGCGAGAACCGCGUAACGCUGCUCGGCACCGGCGACGGCGAGUACGUGAUCACGAUGCCGAACAUGUACGCCCGGGGCAUCCUCUUCGGGAAGAUGGUGCUCGAGCUUGGCGAGCAGUGCACCGCGCGGAACGAGACGACCAAGAUGGCCGCGGAUAUCGAGUUCAAGACCAAGGGCUUCUUCUCCGGGACUUACAACGCGAUCGCGGGCAAGGUGCGGCAUAAUGCGGCGGAGGUAGGCGAUGUGUCUGGGAGAUGGAGUCAUACGAUGGAGUUCAAGACUGCGAAGACCGGGAAGAAGCGGGUAUUGUUCGACGCAGUCAAAGACGGGAGCAAGAUCGCGACAAAGCAAGUCGCAGCGGAGGAGGAUCAGGAGGCCAAUGAGUCGCGGCGGCUAUGGGCGGCACUGACACGUGCAAUUGCGGCCAAGGACAUGGAGGCUGCCACUGACGCGAAGAGCAACGUCGAGAACGCGCAGCGCGAGGCCAGGAAGAAGCUCGAGGAGAGCGGCGCCAAGCACGUGCCGCGGUUCUUCCGGCUGAAAGACGGUCGCUGGGAACCAACAUUCGUUGUUGACGUCGCACAGCUCGACAACGCGCCUGCCAAAGUGCAGGAGUGGAUAUGGGGGACGUCGCCGCUUCCCCCGCCGCCCAGAACACAGACGCAAGCGCAGACACCGCCGCGGAAGUCGGCAGACCAGGCCCCGUUGAUCUCGCUCUAA